AUGCCAUUACAGGGAUUGGUGUCAUUUGAUGAUGUGGCUGUGAACUUCACCUGGGAGGAGUGGCAGGACCUGGAUGAUGCUCAGAGGGCCUUAUACAGGGAUGUGAUGCUGGAGACCUACAGCAGCCUGGUGUUGUUGGGACACAGCAUUACCAAACCUGAGGUGAUUUUCAAGUUGGAGCAAGGAGCAGAAUCAUGGAUGGUAGAAGAACCCCCAAGCCAGAGCCUCUCAGAGCCUGAUGAGAUGCGUGCUGGAGAGAAAAAUGAUGAACAUCAUAUAACUGGGAAAUCAUGCAGACAUCAUGGGCAUCUUAGUCAACCCAACAAGAUUCACACUGGGCAGCAGCCUUUUGAACGCAGAGGAGACGAGAAAGCCUUCAACACAGAGACAAUAUUAUUUACACGUGAGAAGGUUCAUAUGGGAGAGACAUUCUGUAAAUAUGAUAAAUAUGGAAAAACCUGUAAUAAGUCAGCUCUCAUUGCCCAAGAGAUAACUCAGGUAGGGAAUAAAACUUUUCAAUGUGAUGUAAGUGGGAAAAUGACCUGUAAAAAUUCUAAACUCGCUAAACAUCAGAAAAGAAAUACAGAAGAGAAACCCUACAAUUGUACUAAAUGUGAGAAGUCUUUCAUUAAGGAAUCAUACCUCACUACACAUCAGAGAACACAUACAGGGAAGAAGCCCUAUCUGUGUAAUGACUGUGGAAAAAUCUUUCAUAAGAAGUCACUCCUUAGCAGACAUCAGAGAAUUCACACAGGUGAGAAACCAUAUGAAUGUUAUAUAUGUGGAAAAACUUUUCAACAGAAGUCACACCUCAGUGUGCAUCAGAGAAUUCACACAGGUGAGAAACCUUUUGAAUGUAGAGAAUGUGGAAAAACCUUUCUUCGGAAGGCACACCUCAGCAGGCAUCAGAGAAUUCACACAGGUGAUAAACCAUAUGCAUGUAAAGAAUGUGGAAAAACCUUUCACCAGAAAUCAGAGCUCAGUGUUCAUCAGAGAAUUCACACAGGAGAGAAACCCUUUAAAUGUAAUGAAUGUGGAAAACGCUUUUACCAGAAGUCACAGCUCAGUAUACAUCAGAGAAUCCACACAGGUGAGAAGCCCUUUGAGUGUAAUGAAUGUAGAAAAACCUUUCAUCAGAAGUCACACCUCAGGGUGCAUCAGAGAAUUCACACAGGUGAAAGGCCCUAUGAAUGUAAUGAAUGUAGAAAAACUUUUCACCGUAAUUCAGACCUGAGCAGGCAUCAGAUAAUUCACACAGGUGAGAAACCACAUGAAUGUAAAGAAUGUAGAAAAACUUUCUACAGUAAAUCACAACUCAAUGUACAUCAGAGAAUUCACACAUUUGAGAAACUAUAUGAAUGUAUAGAAUGUGGGAAGUCUUUCUACAGUAAAUCAAAACUCAAUGUUCAUCAGAGAACUCACACAGGUGAGAAACCAUAUGAAUGUAAAGAAUGUAGGAAAGCUUUCUACAGUAAGUCAAAACUCAAUGUACAUCAGAGAAUUCAUACUGGUGAGAAACCCUUUGAAUGUAAACAGUGUAGAAAAUCUUUUAACCAAAUGUCACACCUGAGAAGCCAUCAGAGUACUCACACUGGUGAGAAACCAUAUGAAUGUAAAGAUUGUGGAAAAGCUUUUACUCAGAAGUCACACCUCAGCAGGCAUCAAAGAAUUCACAAAAGUGAGAAACCAUAUAAAUGUAAAGACUACAGGAAAAUUUUCUACAGUAAAUCAGUCCUCACUAAACACAGAAUUCACAGAGAUGAGAAAACACAUUAAUGUAAUGACUGUGGGAAAAUAUUUUCACAGAAGUCAGCCCUCAUUGACAGAGAAUUCACACAUGGGAAGUACCUGUGCAAUGAGGAUGGAAAAACCUUUUGCCAAAAUUCACACCUCAAGAGACAUCACAGAAAACAAAAACCCUAUGUAUUUCCAACUGUCUCUCAGUAUUCAAAGAAGAUUGUUUCCAGGAUUCCCUGCAAACACCAAAAUUUGUGGAUGCUCAAGUCCCUUCUGUAAAGUAGUAUAGUAUUUGUCAUAUGCUUUACAUCUUGACUAGAUUACUUGUAAUACUGAAUACUACACAAAAACUAUGUAAAUAGUUGUUAUACUAUG